AUGCAAAAACCAGAUGCCAGAGCGCCCUGUUGGCGACAACUGCAUGUCCGGGUCGCUCUGCUUGUGGCUGUGCUAUUUACCCUGACCAUUCUUCUGGCAAAGAAAGACUUCAGGGCGGCCUUGGACAUUGGUUCCCUCAAGUUGAUCCGGAGGAAUGAUUCGGAGGUGCCUGCGACUCCGGAGUUCUUGGGCAAGAGACCCCCGCUGAAUGCAAAUCGAUCCGAAUCCUUAGUGCUUCCAACGUAUGCACCUGCAGCUGACUUCCGCUCGGAGUCCACAGAUGUCUCUGUGAAUGCCUCUGGAAAUCUCUCGGCGACUCCUUCGGCAAAUGUCUCCGCGAAUGUCUCCACAAACGUCUGGGUGAACACUUCUGCCAACACGAGCGCGAGUGUGAAGCAGAAUGUCUCGACGAGCGAUCAGAGGCCAGCCUGGCUGCCGGCGAGGCCCAAAAGCCCGGCCCGGGGCCACGGCCCAAACGCGCAGCCUUCCUGUAAGAACGGCCCUUCGGCACUCUGCUUGGUGGGAAACAUCAGGACACUCCCCUACACCAUGGCUUCCAUUGAAAGAUUCGCCUUGGAGAACUCCUUAGAUGUCUACAUGGUGCUGCAACGGGGCCAGAAGAGGGGCUCUUCUUGGUUGACGUAUGCCGCGAACUUCUAUGGAUCUGAGGCAGAGGACAAGAUCAUACGAAAGCUCCGAAGUAUGCGCGGUGCGUCCGACGGGGUUCAGAUUCGCGAGAUCAUUGACGUGAGCGACGGCAGUUGCACCGAGUAUCGAAAGAGCUUUCAGUCCAGACAGAAGGUCUUGAAAUAUUCUGACUGCAAGGAGCACGCGUCCAAUUCCCAGAUCCGCUGGUUGAGGACCUGCUUUGACCGCGUACUUGCCAGUGGAGUGCAAUAUGGUCGCAUCGUCCGGACACGACCGGAUGUGGCGUUAUUUCGUGACGUUCGUCUUUCCUCUUAUCCUUGUGGAAAAGUUUAUGUCCCUUACAAGAGUGACCCCUCGCCGGUUGCCGGCGACUGGUUCUUCUUCAUGGACUUCACGCUGUUGCAGAGCUGGUGGGCCACUGUCGAGGCUGCCUCAACCGUAAAAUACCAGCAAUGGCCUUAUCCCGACUACUACAUCUUCAAGAAUGCAGCUUUGCGACGCACACACCUUCCAGCAGUCAUUGUCCGAGCGCCCAAUGUGGUGGAAUGCUGCCGGCUGAGCCAAGAUCGGGGCCAGGAGCACACGGAGGGAACAAACCUCGACCAGGAAUGCAGACGACUUCUUGCGAAUGGGCACUUUGCCAAAGUUUGGCGUUCCUUUGACCUUAGGAUACGCGAGACGCAUGCGGGUCCCCCCUUUGUGGGCUGCAACUCGGAGCGACAGGCUGCGAUUGGGGUAUCCAGCAAACAGCUGGCUGCAAGGAUACAGUCGCACAAGCGAGCUGGAAAAAGCCUUAUCCACCAACUCCUCACCGUUUAG